CAUAAUCAGACACUGGCUACCGAGUACUGGGAGAGUCUCGAUACAAGCCCCAUAGUCGUGGCCCUUGACCACGCUUACACGGACAGCCACGGGUUAGCACGUUCCGUGCCAUUUCCGUGGGAUGAUGGGAAAGGACUAUAUCAUAUCAAAGCAUUUCAUGACUUGCACUGCUUGAAGAUAAUGUACAGAGAGUUCCAAGCCCCCGUCAAAGUCGACAAGAACAGCCGCGUUGGCAAACAUAUUUAUCACUGUCUCAAUAUCUUGCGUCAGGACAUAAUGUGCAAAGCGGAUGACACUUUAAUGCCCUCAGAAGAUCGGCCUCAUGCUAUCGGUGACCAGCAAGUCAUGUCUUGUCGAAGCUGGGAUGACUUGAUUUCUUGGUCCCGCGCGACAGAACGUCAUUCUUGUUAUGAGAUGAUCACAGACUAUAGACCAAUAUCUCACCGUUUGGAGCAAUACGCUUUCUGCCCAGAAGAUUCUCCUCAUUACAACACGAUGAAGGCAUAUUUUGAAAGGCAUGGGCAUAAGAGCUUGUUUGAUGACGACGUGGUCGGUGAAUAUUAG